UCCUUACUUGCUCUUCAGUGUGAGGACUGUAUGUGGGAGGAGGCACAGGGAGAGGGAGAGCAGGAGAAAGAAGAGGACAAGAAAGGGAAAGAGCAAGCAGGGAGUAAGCAGUAUGUUUGGUGUGUAAGGAGGUAAAUAUACAUCUAAACGUGUUUUGCAUAGUUGCAGGAAGCCUCUUCUCAAGCCUGCUCUCCUUUACUCCUGUGCUGCACAACUUGGGCUGAGGGACCAUGCAGCAGGGGUGGACUCUUCCCUGGGUCGCUGCUCUCCUUCUGGGGCUGAUGGGGCUACUGGUGUCCAGCUCAGACUUCCAGCAUCACCGCUACGAGGACUUGGUGCGAGCUCUGUUUGCAGUGCAGAGCGAAUGCCCCUACAUCACUCGCAUUUACAGCAUCGGGCGCAGCGUAGAGGGGCGCCACCUCUAUGUGCUGGAGUUCAGUGAUAACCCAGGCAUCCAUGAAGCAUUGGAGCCGGAGUUCAAGUACGUGGGCAACAUGCACGGCAACGAAGUGCUCGGCCGUGAACUGCUCAUUAAGUUAUCUCAGUUUCUGUGCGAGGAGUAUCGGGCCGGAAACCAGCGGAUCAUGAGGCUGAUUCAUGACACGCGCAUCCACAUCCUGCCCUCCAUGAACCCCGACGGCUACGAGGUGGCUGCCAGACAGGGUCCAGAGUUCAACGGCUACCUGGUGGGUCGAGGGAACGCCAGAGAAUUUGAUCUGAACCGGAACUUUCCAGAUCUGAACGCACUUGUGUACUACUACGAGAAGACCAACGGACGAAACCACCACCUUCCCCUGCCGGACAACUGGGAGCAACAGGUUGAACCGGAGACUUUGGCGGUCAUAAAAUGGAUGCAAAACUACAAUUUCAUCCUGUCAGCCAACCUCCACGGAGGAGCCGUGGUAGCCAAUUACCCCUUCGACAAGUCGAGAGACCCUCGCAUUCGAGGGAGGACCACGUACGCGGCCACUGCGGACGACAAAAUCUUCAGAAAGUUGGCGAGGAGCUACUCGUACGCUCACAGCUGGAUGCACAAGGGUUGGAACUGUGGGGACUUCUUCGAUGAGGGGAUCACCAACGGCGCCAGCUGGUACUCUCUGUCCAAGGGCAUGCAGGACUUCAACUACCUGUACACCAACUGUUUUGAGAUUACACUGGAGCUGAGCUGUGAUAAGUUUCCUCCAGCAUCAGUACUGCCCAGAGAAUGGCUGGGCAACCGAGAAGCUUUGGUUUCAUACCUUGAACAGGUGCAUCAUGGGAUAAAAGGCAUGGUUUACGAUGAAAACAACAACCCGGUCGGAAACGCUGAGGUCUCGGUGACCGGCGUCAACCACGAUGUGACCACCGGAGUGGAUGGCGACUAUUUCAGACUUCUGUUACCAGGCACAUACACUGUGACAGCAUCGGCCCCAGGUUACGCCCCCUCCACCAGCACGGUCACAGUAGGACCAGCUGAGGCCAUACAGCUUCAUUUUUACUUGAAAUCGGCACCAAAACAAAACCUGAAGGUGAAGCCCCACAACGGCAAGAAGAACCUCUCAUCUCCCAAGACCACCUUAAAACUCGGCCCAAGAUGAAACAUGGACAAUUACACACAAACAUAUAUACACACAUAUACUGAAAAUCCCACAUGAAACACACACAUGCACGCACACAUUCAAAUUAUGGAAAUGAUAAUUGACCAUUAUAUAUGUAUGUUAUUCUACCUUUGUAGUCCUUUGAACAUGUCUUUCAAACGUUUGUGUUCUUGUUUGUUUUUUUGUGUCUGUAUUAAGGAAUGUUGCAAACCUGGUGUAUUUAUGUAACCGUGUUGAUUUGUAUGAACAUAGCUAUCCUGUAUUUGUAAAGGACUUUUUUUGGAUUUUGAUUACUAUAAUUUGAUGAAAAUUGAAAGUGAAAAUAAAAUAAUGUUUUUGCUGUCAUCAUU